AUGAUACUGUCUCGAAUGCUUGCUUUUGGCUCCCUUCGAGUCCCGAGAAUGUUCUCCACCCAGAUACAACACUCCGGUAAGCAGAUGACCAUCACAGCGUGGUUAAAGAAGAACUUUGCUGUCACGUACUUGAUUUUCGUCGUCGGGAGCGGUCUGGUUGCGCUGACAACCUAUACUAUCACAUGCGUUCUUCGCAAUCCUGAUAUCCGCUUACCUUUCUACGACGACAGGCCACGGGAUGAGUACUAUUUUAAUCAACAUUACUUUGGUGCCCGUCAAACUGAUGAUCCUAGACUGCCACCGGUGAGGAUGCAUUAUGACGGUGAAUUGGACUUUCCUUACGACAGGCCAAUCAAGAAGUUCAACGCCUGA